CAAAGUUAUACUUAAAUAUUUUCGAUUUUAUAUAUAUCAAUUGUACAUCCCUAAUCGACUGUUUGACAUUUUGACAGUGACAUUUGUAAUUUAGUUUUCGCGCAAAUUUGCUUUGAUUAUUUGUAUUUUCUUUCCUUAUAAUGGCUCGUAAUUGCAAUGAAAAUGAUGAUGAUAGCAUUGAUCCAACGUCUGUGACAUCCAAUGUAAAAAAUACUAUUAAACAAGAAGUGAUCAAAGAUCUUCUCAAUGGUUCCUUCCAAGAUAACAAAACUAAACUGGGUAAUGAUGCGUUGUCUUUAGUUGUGGAAGUGGCAAAAUGUCUUGUUACUGAAACUUGUCUCAGAGCAUCAAACCAGGCCCUCCGAGAAAGUUGCGACAGAGUCGAAUUGGAACACGUAGAGAAGUGCCUUCCACAACUGAUGUUGGACUUUCCAUAAAAUGAAUAUAAUAAGACCUUCCAUUGAAUUAUGCUUAGAAGAAUUUUUGAUAAUGAAUGCUUGAACCACAGGAUUCAUGAACAAUAAGUAAGCUGAGGUUUUCUUCAGUAAAUUAUUUACAGUGUUACCUGUAGCUCAUGCUGAUGAUUAAUUUAUCUAUCAAUGUUGUUCAUCUUUUUUUUACCAAUAUGUUAAGCCAUGAAAAAGUACAAUCUUAACCAAAUAAUUAUUAAAGUAGUAAAAAAGAACCUGUGGCUGGAACCACAGUGUUUAUAAUAGUGUUUAAGUGCUUCACUUUUAAAUUAAGAAAAAUGUAUUCUUAUAAAUAUUUAUGUACUGUGUUGUGUGUGUAUGCAUGGCCACAUAUCACACCACACCACCACUAUCAG